GAUGCGGUUGGCACUGGGAGCACUGGUUCUGGGGGCACUGGUGGCACUGGGGGCGUUGGGGCUUUGGGCGCUCGAAGGGUCCCCCCGGACCCCCCCGCGGGAUUUGGGCAGCGCUGUGCUCGUCGCCACCACUCUGAUCACCACUGUGGGUUACGGCUCGGGGGCGCCGCGCUCGCCGGCCGGUCGCGCCUUCUGCUCGGCCUACGUUGCGUUGGGCGUCCCGGUGGCCAUGGUGGUCCUGGCGGGCGCCGCGCGCCGCCUCGCCGAGCCCGUGGUCCAUCGGCCGCGCCGACACCUGCGGGCGCGGUGGGGCUUCAGCCGCCGAGGAGCCGCGCGGCUCCACUUCGCGGCGUUGGUGGCCCUCGCGGCGCUGCUCUUGGUCCUCCUCCCCGCCGCCGCCUUCUCCGCCCUCGAAGGCGCGUGGACCUACUUGGACGCCGUCUACUUCUGCGUCGUCUCCCUUUGUACCGUCGGUUUGGGUGAUCUGGUGGCGGCCGAGGCGCCGCAGCAGCCCCUCCGGCAGCUCUACCAGGUGGCCGUGGCCGCGUACCUGCUGCUGGGCGUGACGGCCGCGCUGCUGCUGGCGCAGACCUUCCACGGAUUGGCGGAGCUCCACGGCCUCCCCGGGAGCAGCGCCGCCUCCGCCGAGGAGGAACCCGACGGAUUGUUGGAAGGGACGAGGGACGAGGAGAAACCGCCCCGGGAAAGGGGGGGCGCGGGGGCGCAGGGGUAG